AUGAAUAUUAAAGAACUAAUUCGUUGGUUUCGUGAAUAUAUUUAUUACUACAAUCUUUUCAUACCCGAAGAAAAUGAUGAUGAUGAUGAUGAUGAUGGUGAAAACAAUACAAGAAAAGAUCCAAGAACAAUUCUUAAACAUCAAUUAUAUGCUACUCGAUUGUAUAUUCCUCUUCUCAUCAUGACCGUAUAUAUUGUAACGUUCAUUGUUGUGAUCAUUCCACCAACUCAACAAAUAUCCAUAUCAAACAUAACUCCAUUACUUUUCAAUCAACUAUAUCGUGAUCAUGCUGAAACACUUUCUUGUUCAUGUUCAUCAAUUAAUAUACCAUACAAAAGUUUCGUCACAAAUACAAUAUCAUUUCAUCCAGUAUGUUCAAGUGUUUUUAUCAGUAAAGAAUGGAUUGAAGCACUUUAUUCACCAUAUGUCAGUGCAUUCUUAGUAAUGGAUUUUCGAAAAACUGCUGCUUCUCAAUUCGAGUUUCUUGCUGCAUUUUGUUUGAUUUGUCAAGAGAAAGUGUCUCAACUUCUAGCUGAUCUUGACAAUACACAACUCGUUAGUUUUCAACUUUUGCAAGAAGAAGAAGUUCAUUCUCGCAUCACGAACGAUAUCGAAGUCAUCAAGGUAAACGCACCUGUUGAAGAUACUACAACAUUGCGUCUUCUUCAAAUAACAACUCAACAAAAUUCAAUAAUCUCUGCCCUUCAAACCAGUAUAUUUGUUGAAGUAAAUACAGAGGUAGAAAAAUCCAUAUCGUUCUAUACUGACUCUACUUAUUACUGGAGCGACAAUGCGACUGAUUACGGUCAAAUAUAUAUGUUGACUUGUGAUACAAAAAACGCUAUCACUCCAGCUGGAUUCUAUUUGUAUACACCAUUUGACAGUGCUAUUAAGCAUCAGUAUUGGCCUAUUCAUCGUCCAGACUUUGAACCAAUUCCUUCUGCAAUAGUUGAUGGAUUCUUUGGCGGAUGUAAUGUAAUCGAUGCUGUACUCGCAAGCACAUUGGAUUGCUUAUACAAUGUUACUUGUCUCGAUACCUUUGUUGAUUACUUUCCCAAUCUCAAUCAGAUCAAUCUCACGUGGUCCAAUGGCCUUUCAUCUUUAAAACGAAGAGAUGUUCCUGUAGAAAAACUUUUGAGUGAACUGUUUGUAGAACAAUGGUCAACAUCAAUCAAUUAUUUACAAUAUUUUGCUGAAUGCGCUCCAACUGCGUGUACAUACACGGAGAUCAAUCAUAUCAAUAUAUCUUAUACAAUAACUCUUCUACUUGGUUUCUAUGGUGGUCUUACUAUUCUGCUUCGUUUAUUGGCACCUUUACUAAUCAAUAUAUUCUCAAAAUUAAAAUCAUGUUCACCAAAUGUUAUUUGUAGUCUAAGUAAUGCCUUACAAUUGUAG